CGCUCUCGUCACACCCCUCGGACAUACAGCAAUCAUGGAACACAUCCGCUCUUUCCUCCUAGCAGCACUGGCAGUCGUGGUGGCCGCGGCCACGGCGGCGGCGGCGGGGCUACCGCCGCUGCCAUCCACAAUGCCGGCGGACGUGCCGCAGCCGGAGAUCCCGCCGUGCCUGAACGACCUGAUGCCAUGCGCGUCCGUGUACGACGACAGCUCCAUGCUGGGGCCGUGCUGCGACGCGCUGGGGAAGGUGUUCAAGAGCGAUCGGGCGUGCCUCUGCCAGAUCUGGGAGAUGGCCAGAAACGACACCAGGCAGGUCGGGAGCAACGCCCUCGACGGCGAUCAGCAAAUGUUCGCCCGGUGCAAGAUCCCUGGCGCUUCCUCCACCAUCUGCGACAACGGGCAAGCAGGUCAUGGAACAUCGGCAGGCUACUCCUCGACAGGCUCCCAAGCAAGAAAUGCCUCACCUCACUCGAGGUUGACCGAGGCAUUCCGGAUCUUUCUUCUCCUUCAAAUACUGUUCAUUUUGGGAGUGUGAAGCACACUUUGGAAGACAUCAUUUUCCAUAUUCAUCUCCCAGUUCAGUGCAUGUAACCACAUAUGCAUGUUAGUUGUUUGACCGAGGUGAAUGAUUCGAAGACAAUGGUCGCUGUCUAGUUUUAUUUACUAUGUACUUUGGAUUUAUGCAAGUUCCACAUUUUUUCGUUGAGGUAAUUAUGGAUACACUACCUGAAAAACUAUAUCUAUAUAUUUUAGGCUGCGAAGGCCCUUUCACUA